CUUCAUUAGAACCAAAUAAUAAUAGCAUAAUGAAGACACGAUUAUUUUCAACGUUGCGUUGCUUACAACAUGAAAAUCCACUGGUAAGAAUAAUCGUUCUUCAAGAAAUAGCCUACUAUGCUAAAACAAAGCAGGGUUUACCAAAAACUGGCAGUAUACCUCGUUUCCAGCGGGGAUUACCAGAGAGGCGACCUAUCAAAGAUGUGAAGAAGGUCAUUGCAGUUUCGUCUGCAAAAGGUGGUGUUGGCAAAUCAACCCUUUCAGGUUUGCAACUCCAUGCAUAAAAUAGGCGUUUUUUAACAAUGGGAACAGUGAACCUGGCGUUAUCAUUUGCGCGGCUAGGGCUGCGAAGUGGCAUACUUGAUACCGAUAUCUUUGGACCUUCCAUACCCACGUUACUGAAUCUCUCGGGCGAGCCACGAUUAUCCACGAGUUAGUGAGCCUGAUGGAACUCGAUUACGAAUGCCUUUGACACCCAACAGACAACCAACUGAUCCCUCUGUCGAAUUACGGAGUAAAAUCUAUGUCCAUGGGAUACUUGGUGGGAGAUGCUGCUCCAGUAGUUUGGCGUGGACUUAUGGUCAUGAAAGCAUUACAACAACUCCUACACGAGGUUGAAUGGGGAGGUUUGGAUGUCCUCGUUCUGGAUUUACCACCUGGAACAGGGGAUACCCAAUUGACAAUCACUCAGCAGAUUGUAUUAGAUGGUAAAAACAUCCGAGUACGGGACUGUUCUUCUGAGUUGACAUAAAACAGGUGCUGUUAUCGUCUCCACGCCCCAAGAUAUCGCAUUGAAAGAUGCCGUCAAGGGAAUCAAUAUGUUGAAAACAGUCAACAUUCCACUUCUGGGAAUGGUGCAGAACAUGUCACUGUUUACUUGUCCGCACUGUCAAAACAGUACACAUAUAUUCGGGUCUCACUCGGGUGUCACACACGCGUGCGAGAAGCAUGGAAUCCCGUUCUUGGGAGAUAUUCCUUUGCAUGCCAGUAUAUGUGAUGAUGCUGAUAGAGGGAAACCAACCGUAAUUUCCGAACCCGACUCGGUCAGAGCGCAAGCUUUUAUGGGCAUUGCUCAAGAUGUUGGGAAGAAAAUUGGCUUGUUCUGAGGCUGAUUCAAUUCAACCUCAAAGUAGGUGGCCACAUUGAACAGUUUGAGUUCAACUGAGCCUGAUCCGCCAGUUUAGGUCUCCUCAAUCAGAGACUGGUGGUUAUAGCAGAUUGAAAGUCCCACAAGCUGAGCUAUGCAAUGCUAAUACUGUAAUGUAUGUAAGAUGAAAGUUAUUUAAGAUACCCCCUA